AUGUCACAGGAGCUGUCGAAAGGAAACCAGAAUCCAUUCUAUAACCUUUUCAUUUGGGCAGUUCUAACAAAUAAUUUUGAACUUUCAAAGUUGUUUCUCAAGCAUUCUAACGAAUCUUCCAUUGCUGCUUGUUUAUUUGCAUCAGCCGUUCUAACUAAAUGUGCAUCUGAAGCUGUAAAUCAAGGUCAAGCUAAAAUACAACAAAGUGCUGAGGCCUACAAGCAACUCUCCAUAGACCUGCUACAGCAAUGUUACUCGUCUGACCCCGAAAAGACCCACGACAUUUUGUGUAUGGUAAGACCAGAGUGGGGAAACACCUCGUGCAUGUUUGUGGCCGCUAGAUCUGAGAACAAGUUGUUCAUAGCAGAUCAGGCAUGUCAAGACCUCAUCACCAAGGUUUGGGAGGGCAAAUACCCAAGAGAAGAUUCAAAGUUCACGUUGGCGACUUGCAGCAACUCUCAGAGGCCUGAUGCCUGUAAUGGCACAAUUGAUGAUUCCUGUUUGUGA